UAAAAUAUUUGUAGUCUGUGCCGUGCAGUAACUAUGAAUUUACGCCACAAGCAAAUAGGUGCUAGGUGGCAGCAUUGCACUGGAUGUGUGUAGUCUGCAAUGAAAAGCCACAGAAGAAGAAUGUCGCUUGGAGACUCCUGUGGUGGGAAUCAUGAGGAAGUGCAUGUAUUGUCCUAAAUUUAAUGGAUUUUCUUAAAAUAUCUGGACUUUAAUACACUCCCAGCCCUCUGCAUAUUGUUUGAAGUUUCAGAUAAGAUAUGAAGGCUGAGAGAAGAUAGCGCUCCAAGCCUGAAAUCCAUCACUUUUGCAAACAUAAUCCGACGUGAUGGCAUCAGAGGAUGAAGUCAGCCUGCUGGUGAUCGUCGUGGAUGUAAACCCGAUAUGGUGGGGACAGCAGGCUCAGAGGGAGCCGGAGUUUACCCUGUCCAAGUGCAUGGAUGCGGUCAUGGUGAUGGGAAACGCUCACAUGGCCAUGGCCAGGACAAACAAGCUGGCUGUCAUCGCCAGCCACUGCAGAGACAGUCACUUCCUGUAUCCCAAUAAGAGCUGGAGUGGAGGCGACAGUGGUGGAAAUGAUGCAUCCUCAAGCGGAGAUGGAAAAUAUGAACUCCUGUCUGUUGCCAAUAACCUUAUUGCUGAAGAGAUAAGGAACAUAAUGUCAAAAAUUGAAGUGACGGGAAAUUCAACAGAUACUUUGUUGGCUGGGUCCCUCGCCAAAGCUCUCUGCUAUAUUCACAGGCUUACAAAAGAGCUGGAAGUUGGACAAGAGAUUAAAUCAAGAAUAUUGGUGAUAAAAGCAGCUGAGGACUGUGCCCUCCAGUACAUGAACUUCAUGAAUGUGAUUUUUGCUGCACAAAAGCAGAACAUCCUGAUAGAUGCCUGUGUGUUGGACUCAGACUCCGGCCUCCUUCAGCAGGCUUGUGAUAUAACUGGAGGAUUGUACCUGAAGAUACCACAGAAAGUCGCCCUGGCACAGUAUCUUUUGUGGGUGUUCCUGCCUGACUCCGAGCAGCGGUCACAGCUGGUGCUGCCGCCGCCUGCACACGUGGACUACCGAGCUGCGUGUUUCUGCCAUCGUAACCUCAUCGAAAUUGGUUACGUGUGCUCAGUUUGUCUGUCCAUAUUCUGCAACUUCAGCCCCAUUUGUACAACAUGCGAGACUGCCUUCAAAAUCCAGCUGCCACAGAUAGUCAAGCCCAAAAAGAAGAAACUCAAGCAACCAAUGUGAAUUUUUUUCUGCACCAAUGUUGUGAAUUUAAAUGAUUGUAAAUUCACUAAGAUACUUACGUUUGUAGACACACGUUCAGAAGUAUGAACACAUUUGUUCCUAAGUCUUACUGAUGGAAACAUUUUCAGGUAAAGCUCACUCGCCCCACAUUUAAACACAGCCUCUGUUUUUCGAGGAAAAUCAUGUGGGUGAUUUAAUUACUUUUACAUUAAAAAGACACUGUCAAAGGUUUUUUUUUGCUUUGAUUUUGCUAAAUUCAUAAUUCAACACAAAA